GCUGAUCGAGCCUCCUCGCUACUCUCUCUCUCGCUCGCCACCCUGCACCGGCCGGAAGCUAGCUAGCUAGCUAGGCGCGCUGUGUUGGGACUUGGGAGAGAGAUCGAUCAGUCGGUCGCCAUGGCAGCAUCGACAGCGCCGUCGAGGACCAACUCUCGGGUGAAUUACUCGAACGAGAUCCAUGACCUCUCCACCGUGCAGAGCGUCUCCGCCGUGCCCAGCGUGUACUACCCCGAGAAGUCCCUCGCCGACAUCUUCCCUCCUCACCUCCUCAAGAAGGUGAUAUCGGAGGUGGUGGCGACGUUCCUGCUGGUGUUCGUGACGUGCGGGGCGGCGUCCAUCUACGGCGAGGACAUGAAGCGCAUCUCGCAGCUGGGGCAGUCGGUGGCCGGGGGGCUCAUCGUCACCGUCAUGAUCUACGCCACCGGCCACAUCUCCGGCGCCCACAUGAACCCGGCCGUCACCCUCUCCUUCGCCUGCUUCCGGCAUUUCCCCUGGAUUCAGGUGCCGUUCUACUGGGCGGCGCAGUUCACGGGGGCGAUGUGCGCGGCGUUCGUGCUGCGAGCGGUGCUGUACCCGAUCGAGGUGCUGGGGACGACGACGCCGACGGGGCCGCACUGGCACGCCCUCGUCAUCGAGAUCGUUGUCACCUUCAACAUGAUGUUCGUCACCUGCGCCGUCGCCACCGACUCCAGAGCGGUGGGUGAGUUGGCGGGGUUAGCGGUCGGUUCCGCGGUUUGCAUUACGUCGAUCUUCGCAGGGCCGGUGUCGGGAGGGUCGAUGAACCCGGCGAGGACGCUGGCGCCGGCGGUGGCCAGCAACGUCUACACGGGCCUGUGGAUCUACUUCCUCGGCCCCGUUGCCGGCACCCUCUCCGGCGCCUGGGUCUACACCUACAUCCGCUUCGAGGAGGCGCCCGGCGCCGCCGGCAAGGACGGGGCCCAGAAGCUCUCCUCCUUCAAGCUCCGCCGCCUGCAGAGCCAGUCCAUCGCCGCCGACGAGUUCGACAACGUCUAAUCUACGAUCGCCCUCCUCGCCGGCGGCCGGCGGCGCGGCGCGGUACGUACGGCCGGCGUAGUGUACGUACUGCUACUACUAUACGUAUACUAUACCUGUAUGUAUGUACUGCACGCGUACGUAACGUACGUACGUACGUACGCACGUGCACGAGCGCGGGAAGCCAUUGUUUGUACUACUACCCAGUCAAAAGUAUAUGUACGGUGUAUGUACGUACGCGUGUGGUAUACGUACAUGUGCAUGUAUACUGCCCGCUCUGCUCGAGAAAAGAAGAUGCAGAGCUAGAGCUUUAUACGUGUAUGCAUGUACCGUGUAUACGCACGUGAGCUUUGUAUACGUACAUGCUUGGUUAUGUACGUAUAUAUAUACGUAUUUGUCUUUUUUUUUCCUCUCCUCUUCCCUGCGCCUACGUGCGUAUGUACGUACGCUUUUCGCUGGUAUAAAUCAGUGAAGCGGCACAGCAAUAUGUGUUCGUGUUUAUCUCU